CGCGCUGUCACACACCCGAGUCACACCCCCUCUCUUAUCUCUCCGUCGUGCUUUAUAUUGAACUUUUCGAGCUCAAGUCAACAACUCUAGUCACUGAAAUUUAAGUUUGACUUUGGGCAUCUUUUCAUCAUCAACACCUUCUCAUCAUUACACCUAGAGGAUCAGAAUACAGUGAUUUGAUCUUUAGAUCAAGGAAUCAAGUUACAUGCGGCAGCAGUAGAACUAUAAUCGAGAGCGGUACCACAUGGCAAAAGCACGGGGGAUUGGGCCGCCAGCGGCACUCGCUGCAGCCGUCGGAGCGAUUCCUGCUGGCUAUCUUUGGCUCCGUUCCAGGUACCCAACAUUUUGGAAAGAUGUCCAAUUCCUGAAGACAUUUGGGCGUUUAAACUCGGAGCUACAGGCAUUGAUUAGUGCUGGAAAUACAAUCAUAGAUAUUUUCGAGCAAAGGGCUCUAGAAAAUCCUGACCAUCCCUGUAUUUUGUUCGAGAAGGAAGCGUAUACGUACGGAGAAGUUCGGGCGAAUGCUGCACGCGUCGCCCGCUGGGUGACCGCGGCUGAUCCGACACUGAAGAAAGGCGAUACCAUUUGUAUGCUGCUCCAGAACAGUCCUGUUUUUAUCUGGACAUGGCUUGGGUUCCUCAAGAAAGGAAUUGUAACAAGUCUUCUGAACUUUAACUUGAAGCCAUCUGCUAUCUUGGAAUGCAUACGAGUCAGUGAGGCCAAGAAACUUGUGUUUGGAAUAGAGUUCUUGGGUAUCAUUGAACAACUGAUGCCAGACCUGCUGGCCCUCAACGUUGAAUUAUGGAUGGUAAACGAUUCCGGGAUGUUUGGCGUGGAGUAUCCAGUAGAGGUCGUACCCAUGGAUGUUGGCAUGAUGUCGGGUGACCCUCUCCCAAACGUGCCAAUGCGGAUGGAAGAGAUCUCAUCAUACAUCUUCACGUCUGGAACCACAGGUCUACCUAAGCCAGCAACAAUUCCUCACCGGAAGAUCCUCCGUGGAUUAUUUCUCCAUUACUUCUCAAACCUGACACCGGAUGAUGUGUACUAUGUGGUGCUACCUCUCUAUCAUUCGGCUGCUCUCUUUAUAGCUGUUUGUACAACUUUCUUCCAUGGAGGGACUGUUGCACUGGCCAAGAAGUUUUCUGCCAGUCACUUUUGGGAUGAUGUUCGUAGACACAAUGCUACUGGGUUUCAGUACAUAGGAGAGCUCUGCAGAUAUCUUAUAGCACAACCAAAGCGAAUGGACGAUGGCAAGUAUCCAAGAAAGAUGAAGAUUGCAUUAGGAAAUGGUCUUCGUCCUGAAAUCUGGCAGGAGUUCCAAAAUCGCUUCAACAUCGAGAAAAUAGUGGAGAUUUACGCUGCAACGGAAGGCAAUGCUGGUUUUAUCAACUUUGACGGAAAGGUUGGGAGCAUUGGACGGUACCCAUGGAUAUUGAAGAAACUGAUUGGCGGUGUUGAGCUUGUGGAGUAUGACUUUGCAACGGGAGAGCCUAAGAGAGGGAAAGAUGGCUUCUGCAAAAUGGUUCCUAUCGGUCAGACUGGUCUUGCCAUGUUCAAGAUCGAUGACAGGAAUCCUUACACCGGGUAUAAGGGUCCCAAGGAGAGAAGCGAGAAGAAGAUCGUGAGGGACGUCAAGACCAAAGGAGAUGCUUACUUCAAUACCGGUGACCUACUCAGGAUGGAUGAAGAAGAUUAUAUCUACUUCAUGGACAGGAUUGGCGAUACGUUCAGGUGGAAAGGUGAGAAUGUAUCUACCAUGGAGGUGUCCCAAGUAUUGAGUUCCCAUCCUGAUAUAAUAGAAGCCAAUGUCUAUGGAGUACACAUACCAGGUCAAGAUGGACGGGCGGGAAUGGCAGCCAUCGUUCCAAACAAGGGCACCAGACUAGACUUUGGUGAUGUCUACUCCCACGUCGCUUCUCUCCUUCCCGACUAUGCCUGUCCAAAGUUUCUUCGCGUCAUGAAAGAGAUAGAAAUCACAGGUACUUUCAAGCAUAAGAAGACAGAUCUUGUCAAGGAAGGGUUUGAUAUCGAUAGCAUUCCUGAUGAAAUCUACAUCAUAGAGCCGUCGCAGAAGGCCUAUGUUCCCUUCACAACCAGGCAUCUAAGUGUAAUCUUGAGCGGACAUUCAAAGCUAUAGAGGGAGUCUUCCACUCAGAGCUAUCAGAGUCACUCAUCAGGAGAGUUUGGUAAUUAGGUUAACUUGAUUUAGUUGGUUACAAUGUGUUGGAAACUGCAUUGGCAGGCAAACACAAAAGAAAUCAAAUGAUACCUGUCUUAUUUGUGACCAGUGUAACUGAAUAGGCCAAUAACUCUGUAUACAUACAUGUAUGUAAUUCAACCGAGAGCCAUAUGUUUUUACAAAAGAAUAGAUACCUAAUGAUCAUGCACCCCACUCCCCCCCAAAAAAGAGAAUAAAAUCUUGUGCAAUUUUAUUUGUGACUAACUGUGAGCCCCCACUACAAAAUUACCAAUAAGUCGCAGUGGAAAUUUUAGUGUAAAGACCAACAUUUCAGCAAAAUCCAUCAACUCCUUUGUAAUAAUCAUCAAUACAUUUGAAGUCUUCACUCUGUGAUGUGCAGACUUGAAAGAUACUAUUUUACACUCUUUUAUUUUCCCCUUAUUUUGAAAAGAAAUUUUGAUUCUAUUUUUUACUGUGUUAGACCUUAUAGCAAGAUACAUACCAUUUUAAAGCUAAGAUGUUGCCCUCUCCAGCACAAAUAUAAAACGGAAAGUUAAAUAUAAUGCGUACUACUAGUGGUCAUUUUGUGGUGGAGGGUCAUGACCUAUAAAUUGACUACACUCUGUGUAUGGUUGGCUCCAAGAGCUGUAUAAAGGGUCUUGUCAAAGUUAUGACUAUCAUGUUCCUUUUGGGCCCUGUAACGCAAAGGUUAGCGAUAAUCACUUGUUUUAAAGAACGAUUCUGAUUGGUUCCAAGUCAGUCUACUGAGCUAAAUGUGCAUGCAACGAUGAUCGUGAUAGGCCAUUUGCAGAGAGCCAAGUUGGCUCAGUCGGUAAAGCGUCUGCCCAUCGAACCAAAGAUCGUGGGUUCGAGUCCACCCCGGGCGGAUGACU